UCAUUGUUCCCUUUCUCGCUUCCGAAGUGUGAUGUGUGUUGCGUCGCAAUUCCUUCGCAUUCGCAUUGAUUAUAAAGUGGACUUAUUUGUUUCCGAAUAUAAUUUUCUAUUUUGUUCUCUUCUUUAUUUUCACUUCUUUCUUUCCCUGCAAAACUCCAACUCUGGAUAAAUCAUUUUAACAUUUUUUGGAUAACUCUAAAUUAAACGAAUUCACCUACUCCCAGCAGACAUCACAGCAUUUUUAACAAUUGGUAGGAGACGGACAGUUUAGAAGUUAAACUACUGAAACCGUCUGGAUAUUUUCUGUUUCUCUUUUAAAUUGAAAGAGAUUCACUUCAGAGUUGUAUAUACCACCCCCGACAGUGCAUAGCCACAGCAAAAUAUAACAAAACAAAAAAAAACUAAAAAAAAACUCAACAAAAUAUCAAAAUGGCAGCGCAACCCCGAGGCGGUGGUACAGCCCAAAGACCAAAUGGAACAUCCCAAAACAAAACAUGCCAAUUUAAAUUGGUUUUGCUUGGUGAAUCGGCUGUUGGUAAAUCGUCGUUAGUAUUGCGUUUUGUCAAAGGUCAAUUCCAUGAGUAUCAAGAGAGUACGAUAGGUGCAGCAUUCUUAACACAAACCAUCUGUAUAGAGGAUACAAUUGUUAAAUUCGAAAUAUGGGACACAGCUGGACAGGAAAGAUAUCACAGCUUAGCUCCAAUGUAUUAUAGAGGUGCGCAGGCCGCAAUUGUUGUAUACGACAUUAAGAAUCAAGAUAGUUUUCAACGUGCAAAAACUUGGGUUAAGGAACUUCAUAAACAAGCCUCACCGAACAUUGUCAUAGCCCUUGCAGGUAACAAAGCGGAUCUAUCAAACAGUCGAGUCGUAGAAUACGAGGAAGCUAGGCAAUAUGCUGAUGAAAAUGGUUUAUUAUUCAUGGAGACAUCAGCCAAAACCGGAAUGAAUGUCAACGAUAUCUUUUUAGCUAUCGCUAAAAAACUACCUAAAAACGAUGGAGCUAACAAUCAAGGUAGCGGGCCUGGAAGGAGGCUUGGUGAAAAUGAACAAAGCAGACAGACGAAUAACUGCUGCAAGUGAUGUCCUUUUGUAGGUAAGAUUGUAAAGAGAUUGCAAGUAAAAACAAAUCAUUGCGAAAUUUCGUCAGCUAGACUAUGUAAAAUAUAAAUAAUUAAAAAAAAAAAAACAAAAACUAAACAAAUGCAAAAUAUUACUUUAAAGAUUUCCAUUUUUUUUCUAUUUUUGUUAAAUAAAAACUCUUCCACGCCUCUGCCACUACUACUGCUAUCCAAUUACUUACAUAAAUCACUUUUUCUGUGGACAUAAUUUACAUAAUAAUGAAAAAUGCAAUAAAAUAAAACUUCUUCUUCUUCUUCGAACAAAAACAAACAAAUAAAAAUCUAAAGAAAAUAUCACACGCAACAGCUUUUUGAUUAAGAAAAUAUUCAUCAUGUAUGCAAUUUAAAAA